AUGGCGGCGGCUAAGCAAAAGGGUCUUGCGAUUGCGGCGCUGCUCCAAAUUUUGUUGGGAAAGGCAUCAAAUGUGGGGAAGUGGCUUAUGAACAGUUGCCGCGCCGUCGACCCGCCUCACCACCGCCUCCUCGCAGUGGUCCAUGCUCUCGCCGGCUACGACCUCCGCACCAGGCGACAGCUCUUCCUCUCCCCUCUCCCUCCCUCCUCCCCCUCCUUCGUCGACGGCGUAAAUGACGUCGCCAUCGACCGCGCUGGCAAAGCCUAUGUGACCAACUUCGUCGCGAACCUCAUCUGGAAGCGGCAGCAAGGACUACCUGCUCGGCAUCCAAACCAACGCGGGGAAGAUGUACAGAGUCGACACGGACGGCUCGACGAAGGCCGUCUGCUGAGGGUGGACCUGACGGUCGCCGACGACGCGGCGGUCCGGGUCGAUGGGGCCGUCGCGCUAGUGUCGACGCACAAGAAGUGGUUCCUGAGGGGUGAGGAUGGCUGGGGAGAGGCGGCGGCGUACGACGAGGUCGCCCUCGAAGUCGACAAGUUCCCAACGUCGGUGACACUAGCGGCGGAGGAGAGGGCGUACGUGAUACAUGGGCAAGCGAGGGACGGCAUCCGGGGGAACGCAGCCGGCGAAGGGAGGGAGUGGUUCGAGUUCGAGUUCGGGUUUGGUUUUGGGUUAUUUCCUGUUGAAGGGGCUAGUUCGCAGCUUGGACAAGUAAAUCAAUUUAUCAACAAACUCCUGCCUAGAUCCGAUUCAUUAUGA